CAUGAGCGAUCCGAUCGUCGCCACCGUCGUCGCGCCGGCCAUGGGUGGCCACGCUAAACCAGGAGCCGUUCUCGAUGUCCCCAUGACGGGUUUGAACCCCUUGAUUGGCUUGGGCGCGUUCCAGGUCCAACAGCAGGUCGAGAUGCUCGAGGCGGCCCUGAACGUGAUCAACAUCGACUACGAAGGCGCGAACAAGUAUAAGGUCAAGGACCCCGAGGGCCGCGACAUGUACUUCGUCGCCGAGGAGUCGGGGUGCUGCAUGCGCCAGCUCUGCUCGCCGAACCACUCGAUGAAGCUCCACAUGACGGACAUGGCCGGCCGCAAGGUGCUGACGAUGGACCGGCCGUGGACCUUCAACUGCUGCUGCUGCGAGUGGGGCAACCUCUGCGGCAAGACGCACAUGGACGUCUACAUGGGCGAGCAAGACGAGCAGAAGAUGAUCGGUUCCGUGCGCAUGCCCUGCUUCGGCGGCGGCUUCUCGCCGAAAUUCGACAUCCACGACGUCGACGGCGACGUCCAAGCCUCCGUCACGGGGCCCUGCUGCUUCAUCAGCGACCUCUGCGGAGCCAAGUUCGGUGUCAAGGAUAAGGUCGGCAACGACGUCGGCACGGUUAACAAGCUGGGCGUCAAGUCGAUGGGGGAUUUCGCCAAGGAGGCGAUGACGGACGCGGACAACUUCGAGAUCACGUUCCCGGUGGAGACGCGCGUCGAGACGAAGGCGCUCAUGAUCGGCACGUUGCUCCUCCUCGACUACACGUUCUUCGAGGGCGAGGGCGCCUUCGAGAUCGACCCGUGCGGCCGCGGCUGCAAGUUCAAGCUCUGCGACAUCUUCUGCUGCGGCUGCAUCGUCCCGUGCACGUGCAACUGUCAGCGGGACAACGGCGGGGCGCCGCCGAAGCCGGACGGCGGCCCGCCGACGCCGGACGUCGCGCCCGUCGCCGCCGCCGCGACCAUGCUCCGCGACGAGUGAGCGGCGCGCCGUCGCCGAGGCCGCCCCGCGCCGUCGUCGAGGCCAGCCCCCUCGAGCGCGCCGUUCCCCGCGCCGCCGUCGCCGAGGCCGCCCCGCGCCUCAAUCCCAAGCGAGUCGAGCUCGAGCUGCGACGAUGCACCCGCACGCUCGGCCUGGCGCGCCGCACGCAACGCAAACGUGGCUCUCGGAGAACCCCGGCCUCACUUCCGAAGAGCUUACUGUCCUACUUGAGUAGGGACGAACUGUUCGAGC